AUGGAGCAGAUUUUCCGCAACAUGCUCAGCCUGGCCAUCGGUCGCUAUGGCAAUUCUUAUUCAGACCUCAGCAGUAAUAGGGCAAUCAUUGGGCAGGACCGCUCAUUCUAUCAACUACUGGAAGCUGGUCAUCUAUUUCAUCUUCAUGCCGUUAAUUGUGAUGUCUCCAUUGGUGUUCUUCGUGCUCUUACCAUGAUCUUUGACUUCGUCAUGUUGGCCCACAUCCCGUAUCCUCCUUCUGUUUCAGCGUCUUUUGAUGAGGUCUUUGAUAUAACUGCUGGUGCAACCGAUGGAGUCAAGGAUCCUAACAGGAACAAGAUUGCUCAGUGGUUGAACGUGACGGGUCAAAAACAGGGCGUCUUUCAGGGCAGUCUGCAACUAUCAGAUAACCCACCCCUAGGUGACUGGAAAAUAGACGUAGACAUUGGGGGUACUGAAAAAAUAGACGUAGACAGUGGGGUAAGUAAUGUCUGUGCAGUGGCCUGGAGACUAGACGUAGACCUUGGGGUUAGUACUGUCUGCAAUUCCAAUGAGCUACUUCUAGUGGACGGGAAAAUGGACGUAGACAUUGGGGUUAGUACUGUCUGCAAUUCAAAUGACCUACUUGUAGUGGCCUGGAAACUAGACGUAGACAUUGGGGUUAGUACCGUCUGCAAUUCCAAUGACUUACGUCUAGUGGACGGGAAAAUAGCCGUAAACAUUGAGGCAAGAAGUGAAAUAAAGAUGUUCACAGUCGAUGAUUACACAUUUGGUAAAGGUGUACAAGGCAACGGAAGCCUAACAAUUGCGAGAAAACGGCCCAGCAGUGACAAGUUAAUUGUAAAGAAGUUUACAAUUGAUGGAGUGUACAAAUUCGAAGUCGAACUAAAAGAAAUGCGAAGAAUUUUCAAGAAUAUAACAAGCGGACAUGCCUUCGAACUGAUAGCGGAAGUGGAGGAAGGAAUCACGGGAAUCAAGCGAAAUGACACCGCCGAGAUCACGUACUACAACUUCCGGGAGAAAUUUCGCUUUCUUGAGGGCGAGGACAAUUUCAAACCGGGCCUAGUAUACACAUCCUAUCUCUACGUGUCGGAACAUGACGACAAGCCCCCGUCGAACGACAAGCUGUGGAUCAACGUUACCGCCAUCAUGCACUACGAGUCAAUGGUAGCGGAACCGGACGCUAAACCAGACGAUACUUCAGAACAGAAACGGGAACUUGUUCGCGGCGACUUAGAUGUUCCACCCCCUCCAUCAACCACCACCGCUUCUCCGAAGCAAGUGGUCAUCCCUCGACUGGUUCAAGUCCCGACCAAUGGUAUCGUCGUCGUCACGUUUAAUGUGCCGGAGUAUAUCUCCAGAAUUGAGCUCAAGGCAAAGCUUCAUACCGAGGAGGCAUACAAAUCCGUGGAGAAGUUCCGUUCGACAAGCGGCAAUUAUAUACAGAUCUCACUUCGUACACGAAAACCAGAGAAGGGAAAACGUGUACUAUUCAAAAUUGAAUCGACCGAAGGUAAUAUGUGGAUCAAUUAUGUGGUUUUGGCUCGAGGACUUUUGGUGAAGGCAGGGGAUACUUAUGUGAACAAGAGAGGCGGAUACAUCUGGCUAACUCUGACCGCUGAGAUGGCUCCCAUGGCCAAAAUGGUCGUGUAUUACGUCAGAAAGGACGCGGAAGUGAUUGCUGACUCCACUCAGUUCACCGUGGAAGGGAUCUUUCAGAACGAGGUCCAAAUCAUCUUUGAGUCGACUGACCCAAUAAGCAAAGCAGAGCCGGCAACUAAGGUCAAAGUUAAGGUCACGGCCACGCCAGGGUCAAUAUGCAACGUGCUUACAAUCGACAAGAGCGUACUCCUUCUGAAAUCUGGAAAUGAUAUAACAUCGGAUCAAGUCAAGGACGAGAUUGAAUCAUACGACCCCGCACCAUCCCCAUGUACAGGAGGCCAAGUUUGCAUCGAGAGAUACUUUUCCUCGUCAUCGCGUGCCGUGGACGUAACAGGCGUUUUCAGGAGUCUUGGCCUGUCCGUUCUGACUGACGCCUACAUGUACCAGUAUCAGCCUUCGUUCCGUCGAGGACCGUGGGCUAUUGACGAUAGGGCCAUGCCUAUAGCGUUUGCAGUACCAGAAGUUAACGCAUCCCCAGCCCAAUCCCAAGCCCGAGCGAGUCAACCAAGGGUCCGGAAACUAUUUCCGGAAACAUGGAUAUAUGAGUCCGCAACUGCAGACUCUGUCGGCACUGCGUUGAUUGAAACGACCGUGCCAGAUACAAUCACGACAUGGGUCGCCACUGCCUUCGCCGUCAACGAAGAAUCGGGUCUUGGCGUGGCUCCAUCACCCGCAAAUCUGGAGGUAUUCCUACAGUUCUUCGUGCGUUUGGAAAUGCCCUACUCUGUUGUGCGGGGAGAACAGGUCAUCCUUCAGGCAGACGUCUUCAACUAUUUCACAGAAACGGUCGAAGUGGAGGUUACAUUAAAAAAGUCAUCAGCCUUUCAAAACAUUGUAGUGGAGAAAGGCGCAAAUGGAAAGGCGGUACUUUCUUAUGAUAACAAGGACAUUGUCCGCAAUAUAAAGGUCGCACCAGGGGGAGCAUCGGCGGUGAAAUUUCCAAUUAAAGCAGUCGAGCUCGGCUUGGUGGAUGUGGAGGUCAAAGCUGUUACAGCGACGGCAGGGGAUGCGAUCAAGAAGCAACUUUUAGUCCGGCCGGAAGGUAUCCCGAAGUCGUACGCCAUACCUCUAUUGAUUGACCUGCGCAAUACCAGUGCAAUUACACAGGAACUAGCCGUAUAUCUGCCGGAUGACGUAGUUGAGGGGUCAGAUAGAAUAUCAGUAUCUGUAAUUGGCGAUUUAAUGGGGCCUUCCAUAUCCGGUCUUACAAAUCUACUGCAAAUGCCGUACGGCUGCGGCGAACAAAAUAUGAUUACCCUAGUGCCAAACAUCGUGGUUGUGAUAUACCUUGAUGCGAUAAAGCAGCUUAAAUCGGCCGAACUGGAGAAGGCUAAGGACAACAUGAUGAACGGCUACCAACGUCAGAUGACGUAUCAACGCUUUGACUGGUCAUUCAGCGCCUUUGGCAAAAGCGACCCGUCAGGUAGCACUUGGCUCACAGCGUUCGUGAUCAAGUCCUUCGCUCAGGCCAGUCCCUACAUCUUCAUUGACCCUUUUACCGUAAGGAAAGCGAUCGACUUCACACUUGACCAGUAUGACGAAAAGAUUGGUUUCUUCAAAGAGCCGGGAAGAGUGAUCCACUCUGAAAUGCUGGGAGGUUCGGCAUCGGGUCCAAUGAAUCUGGCUUCAUUUGUGUUGAUUGCUUUGUUGACAGCCAAAGACAAAGGGUUUUAUGGCAAUGAUAAGCCUAAAAUGGAGUCAGUUAUUGAUGACGGAGUCAAGGCGUUAGAGAAGGCAGUCAAUGAUAUGGACAAUUCGUUCGAACUGGCAAUUGCGGGAUACGCUCUUGUACUCGCCAAAAGUAGCAAAGUUUCAACCGUCAAACAGAAAUUGAUGACCUUGGCUACUGAAGAAAGCGGCAUGCUAUACUGGAGGGCCAGCGUAGAAGCGCCAUCUAGCGGAAGCGGGCCACCUCGAAGGGCUCAAGCGCGCGAUAUUGAAACCACUUCGUACGUGCUUCUUAUCUACGCCACGCACCAGGACGUUGUAGUGAGCCUGAAGAUUGUCAAGUGGCUGGUGGAGCAAAGAAGUCCGUCCGGUGGGUUUGGAUCUACGCAGGAUACCGUGAUCGCCCUUCAAGGUCUGUCAGUAGCGGCUGCUUUGGUCUACUCGGACACUAUCGACAUUCGGGUGACGAUUGGUACACGGCCGGUAAAGACAGGUCAGGUCUUCAACAUUAACGCGCAGAACGCCCAGGUCCUCCAAAUGAUGGAUGCUCCACCAAAAACCAAGUUUGUAGAUGUAAAUGCUGAAGGAAAAGGAAUCUGCCUCGUCUCGGUGUCUGUCAAUUAUAAUAUCAUGACAGAACCAAUGGUGCCAAAAUUCAACCUUAGCCACAUUAUCUCAGAUGAAAAUAUUAACGGCUUUAAACUAAAGGUUUGCUUCAGGUACCUCGGCUCUGGAACUAGCGGUAUGUCUAAUCUGGAGAUGGGCCUCCUGUCUGGCUUCGAGGCCGGGCCUUUCCAGAUAUCAGACCUGAACAUCCUGAAGAAGGUCGAAGGGGCGCCCUCUAUGCAGAUCUACUAUUUUGACGAGAUCCCCAGCGAUAAAGAUACGUGUUUCACGGUGACCAUGCAACGGGUGGGUUUGGUGGUUGGGUCCCAGCCUGCGGUUGUCAAACUGUAUGACUACUACGAACCUGACAACCAGGUAACAUCGAUGUAUCAACCGGAACUCCUGAACAAAGCCAACGUUUGCGAUCUUCCAGAAAAUGGAAUCGCUGAGUGCUGAAUUUUUAUUGUUAAAACUUACUAUUAUAAUGUCUGUUAUCUUUUUGAAAAUUGCGUUUCUGAGAUC